GAAAACUUCAAAGCUAUUGCAUGGUUAGAUAAUGACGAUUGCUUUAAGAAAAUCUUUAAAUUCAGUGACUCAAAGAUGUCAAUAGAUGACCUUCGUGGAAUGUUACCA